AUGGGUGAAGUCGGCCCUACUGCCCUUGAUGGGAUCCCAGUCCGCAGUAUCCCCCAGCCUGCAAGUCCUGCGAGUGAUCUUCAAAGCGAAGUGGAAGAUCAAUGGCUUAGUUUGAUUUGCAUCCUACAAGGACUUCAAUGCGCCACCACGCCAGGCCUCGAUGAACCAAUCAUCCAAAAGUCUACCGAUCAAGAUAUCAGCGACCUCCGACUCCUCAGUACACCUGACAUUCCUCGAUCGAUAUCCAAAGUCAUCCAAGAAGCGUACGCUAUCUUCGAUCAUCGCGCCCGUACCAACCAUCCGCGAUUCUUCUCCUUCACGCCAGCUAAUGCCACGCCACUCACCUGGCUAGGAGACGUCAUUGUCUCUGCGUUCAAUGCCCACUGUGGCGGCUCUCUUGCAGCUGCAGGCCCCUGCGCCGUUGAGUCGGAAUUGAUCAAUUGGUUUGCAUCGAGAAUCCACUUCCCCUCCACCGCGGGAGGUCUCUUUGUCUCUGGGGCAUCGAUGGCAAACAUGAUGGCCAUGACCGCCGCCCGCGAUGCGAAAUUAGAAUGGCACAACCACUCCAAGGGUGUAAUCUACAUCGCUCGCCACGCACACAACUCACUUUACAAAGCGGCUCGCACCCUCGGUUUCCACGCCAAGCAGAUCCGGCCCGUGGACUUGGACGCAUCCAACCGUUUAAGCACCAGCCACCUCCAACAGCUCAUCCAAUCCGACCGGCAAAAAGGCCUCAUCCCGUUUCUUGUCAUCGCGACAUUCGGCUACACCGAGACAGGGCUCGUCGAUCCCCUGACCAUCAUCUCUGAGAUCGCCAGAGCCGAAUCCCUCUGGCUCCACAUCGACGGGGCCUACGGCGCAUCACUAUCCCUCUCUAUCUCGCGGUCGGGUCUAGCUCGGCACCUCAGCACCGCCGACAGCGUAUCCUGGGACGCGCAUAAGCUUCUCUUCCAGACCUACGGGUGCGGAAUGCUCCUCGUGCGAGACAAGACGCAUCUCGUGUCAAGCUUCCACGCGCAGUCGUCUUUCCUGGACCACACGGCUCGGGUACAAGACGAGCCUGAGUUCUGGGACAUGGGGGUUGAAUUGACGCGACCGGCGCGGGCUAUGAGCUUGUGGUUUACGUUGCGGGUUCUGGGAACGGAGCGGAUUGGGCAGUUGAUUGAUCAUGGGAUGGGUCUUGCGGAGGUUAUUCAAAUAAGAUUGGAGGCGAUGGAGGGCUGGGAAAUCAUCACUCCUGCGUCUCUGGGGAUAAUUACUUUCAGAUAUCAUCCGAAGCAGAGGCAGGAAGAGAGAUUAGACAAAUUGAAUGAGGCUAUAUCCAAGGUUUUGCUGGAUACGAACACGGCGGCUAUCAUGACCGUUCGGGUGGGUGGCGUUCUGGCGUUGAGGAUAUGCUGUUCUAACGUUCGAUUGACGGAGGACGAUGUGGAGGAGCUGGUGGGGAGUGUGGAUGAGCUAGCUAUACUGGUAAAUGCGAGUAUGGAGUAG